AUGACAGCGAACGCCGCGUCGCAAAACGACAUCCAAGUCGCAGACUCACAGAAUCUCUCAGAGAAACCUCAACUUCUCAACCCGAGCGUUACCAUAGAUUCGGCCUCUUCGGACGUGGAGGAUCCUGUCGCGGCUGCACAGCGGCUACGGAGAAUCACUAGGAAAGUCGAUUGGCAUGUUCUGCCAUGGCUGUUCGCACUUUGGCUGUUGGCAUUCAUUGAUCGGAGUAACAUUGGAAAUGCCAACAUCUCCGGUCUCGCAACGGACCUCAAGCUCACAGGAACGCAAUACAACACCGCCCUGGCCGUCUUCUAUAUCCCUUACGUCCUCGUCGAUAUUCCGUCAAAUUGGCUUCUUCGUUAUGUCGGCGGUGGCCGCUACAUCCCACUGAUCGCGCUGAGCUGGGGUGCUGUGGCCGUCGGACUGGGCGGUGUACGAGACUUUGGCACUUUGGUCGUCUGUCGAAUGCUGCUUGGCCUCUGCGAGGGUGGCAUGUUCGGCGGCUGCAUUCUGUAUCUGAGCUCUUGGUAUCCUCGCCACGGGCUUCUUAUGCGUAUGGGAAUCUUCUACUGUGCGGCGCCUCUCAGCGGAGCCUUUGGAGGUCUUCUGGCAACAGGACUCUCACAAAUCCAGACCCCGAACUAUGAAGGAUGGAGAUUCAUAUUCUUCGUCGAGGGAGGAAUGACGAUUCUUGUGGCAGCGGUGGCGUUUUUCUUCCUACCGGAUGAGCCACGCACUGCAAAAUUCUUGACUACCGAAGAGCGAGAGAGCCUUGUCUCAUCGCUUGGCAGAGAUCUCUAUGGCUCUGAAGCCGUCACCGGUGGAAAGGACGAAAUGACCAAGGAGGAGCAUUUCAAGUGGGCAGAGGUCCGACCUGCCCUCAUCAACGUCAACACUCUACUCAUGAGCUUGAAUUUCUUCCUCAUCCUGAUUCCAAUCUACUCCUUCUCCCUCUUCCUCCCCAGCAUCAUCAAAGGGCUUGUCAGCAAGGACACACCGAUCACCACAACCCAGCUCCUAACCGUGCCUCCCAACGCCCUCGCCUUCCUGACCGUCCUCCUCGUCUCCUAUCUCAGCGACCGCUACGCGCGCCGGGGGAUUUUCCUCCUCAUCGCCUUCACCUGCGCCGGAAUCGGCUACAUCCUUCUCCUCGCCCUGCCUCCCACCGGCGGCGCCGUCGGACCUCGGUACUUCGCGACCUUCCUCAUCGCCGCCGGUGCCAUCCCAUGCAGUCCUCUCGUGCUGGCGUGGCUGAGCAACAACCUCGCCCCGGCCACCACCCGCGCAACGGGUCUAGGCUUCCAAGUCGCAGUGGGAAACUGCGGCGCGUUCGUCGCGACGUUUGCGUAUUUCAUGCAGGACGCUCCGAGAUUUCUGACUGGCCAUGGGAUUUGCCUGGGCGCGAUUGUCUUGGCGAUGAUCGUCACCGCGGGGAAUAUGUGGUGGAUCAAGCGGGAGAAUAUGGCCCGGGAGGAAGGCCGGAGGGCGUUGCCGGGGGUGGUGGCGGUUGUGGGUGCGGAUGCGGAUGCGGUGGAGGAGGAGAAGAGGAUCAGAGAACUGGGUCAUCAACAUCCUAGAUUCAGAUUUACGAUGUGA